CAUUGCAAACAGCUGUUUAUUACUUCAUCGGCAAGUUUUGUGUGGAGAUUUAGGAAAAUGACAUCCCAGUACCUAAGCCAACUGAACACGGCCGAUAAACUGGCCGCAGAGCCAUGGCCUGAAGACGCCACCCUCUACCAGCCCUAUGAGGCGGAGCAGAUCCUGCUGCCGGAGAACGCUAGUUGCCUGGCGGUAAAGGCUUACCUGAAGAUGUGCAACCUGCCUUUUGGGAUCCGGUCCUGCGCCAAUGCUGAGCACAUGUCGCCGGGCGGCAGAAUGACCAAGUUGCCCUUCAUUCGCGCUGGGGCAUUUAUCUUCGCGGAGUUCGAGCCAAUUGUUAACUUUGUAGAGCAAAAGGAUAUGGCCAUUGGCAGCUGGCAAGAUGAGGACGAGAAGGCCGAUAUGCGUACUUAUGUGUCGCUGGUGGAGAACAUCUUCACCAUGGCCGAACUGUACAUUAGCUUCAAAAACGAGCGCGUCUACAAGGAGGUCACGGCCCCCAGAAAUGGGGUCGUCUUUCCCUGGCCUCUCAAUCACAUGCAGAACUAUGGCAAGCGACGAAAUGCUCUGCGUUUGCUAAAGGUCUACCAGUGGGAUGACUUGGACAUCGACAAUGUCAUCGAGAAGGUGGCCAAGUGCUGUGAAACCCUGGAGUACAAGCUGAAGGAGUCACCUUCACCCUUCUUCUACGGCGAUCAACCCUGCGAGCUCGACGCCAUCGCCUUCGGUCACCUCUUUAGUAUCCUCACCACCAAUCUGCCCAAUAUGGCGCUUGCCCAGACGGUUCAGAAGUUCAAGCACCUGGUCGAGUUCUGUCGUUUCGUCGAUGAAAAGUACUUUCAGACCAGGUGCCUACCAAAUUAGUUAUAGAUAUCGCCUUUAAAUGCUGGCAUAAAUGCCAUAUUAUAGAUGUAAUUAUUCUUUUCUUUUUAUGUGCUGUACAAUCGCUUUAAGCUGCAAUUUGAUUUAUUUUAAAGCUGUAGAAUGAGCUAACCUGAGAUCCGUAAAUCACCUGCUUUUCUAAAGAGCUUAACCGCAUUAACUGACCAAUUUCACUUGAGUUUGUCCAAGGUGUUCGUAAGUUUCUUUUUUAUUUUUAAAUGGAUGUCAUGCAUUUUUCUAUUGCAUUUACUUUGAGCUUGGAGUUAACUGAAUUUGAAAAAUCGAAUGUCAAUAUUUUGUUUACCAUUAAAUUAAUUUAAAUAAUUAUUCCCAAAGUGUAACAUUUUUAUUUAAUUUGAAACUGUUAAAACGCCUUAGAUGAAAACGCCUUUUGAAAUUUCCUUAGCUCACCCAGUUUUAUAUUUUUAAUUCCUUAAUAUUUAACAAAAAUUAAUAAUGAACUUUCACACAUUUUACUUUCAGCAAAUAAUUUAUCAUAGAUUUUCUUGUUAUGGAAAGUGUGUAAAUAAGUAAUUAUGUUAAAUACAGAAAAAUAAAUUCGUUGUUGAGCCCUGAA